CUGUUUUCUUUUUCUUUAGAUCUCACUCUCUCUAAAUGCCCCGGCUUUCCAGAGAGAGAAAAACGCUUCAAAGAAAUGGCGACUCUUCACAAAUUCAAGCUUCUGGCGACGCAGUGUGCCGUCGCUGGGAGCCCAGGUCGUAGUCCCACCAGCAGCCCCGUAGUCCACCUCCGCCGUCGCAAAACCCUCCGCAUGCUCCUUAACCGCUCUUCCGCCCCCGAACGUCGCCGUUUUCACCGACGCCACGACGACAGCUUCGAUCCUCCUCCUCCUCCCCCACCUACGCAACCGCAAACCACCUCCAACGCCGACAGCAAGAAAAACUCCAACGGGAAAAAAAGCAGGCGAAAAUUAAAGGAACUCUUCGUGGCGUCGCCGCCGUUUGAAGAAAGAGAUAGUAACAACAAAAGCUGUGAAGAAGAAACAGAAGAUUUAUUGCCGGUUACCGUUAACUCCAGUGAUGGGAUUUCAAGUCGGGGCUCCGGUUCCUUGAGACCCGUAACGGCUUCGUUUCGAUACAGGUUAUUAAGGAGAGCUUGGCGACCGAUGCUAGUUACUAUUCCAGAGUAAAUUAUACUAUAUUUUUCAAUUUUUGAUAAUUUUGAAUUGAAAUUAAAUCUAAAAUUAUGUGCAAAAAAAUGUAGCGUUUUUGUUAAG